AUGGAAGAGUUUGCAAAUUUUGCUGAUAGGAUAGUUAAGAUGGAGGAGAUAAGCUGCUUUCAUAAAAGGGUAUGGAGUAUAUUCCGGGGUAACAGCGCAUUAAGAGCUAUUUGUUCACAAGCAUUAUAUGCAUUCCAAUACAGUAAUGGUAAUUGGAAGGUAUCGGAAGGCGAUUCUGGACGUUCAUUAAGAAGCAGGAUAUUACCGUGUACAUGGAUAUGCGAAGAACUCUUACCUUUGUGUUGGGCUUUGCUUAUAAGAAUUUACAACUUCUAUUCACCUUCCGUUUUCAUUGGAUUAUUAACGUGGUCCGUAUUAAAUUUUAAUGCCUCUUUACUGAAGCCUAAUGCUUAUAAGCUUCCCAAUAAUUUUCAAGUUGAAUAUUUCCAUUUUAAAGCUAUAAUAGGAGAUGCGUCGUUUGGGGGUAUCAUCGGAAAAUGCAAGUAUGAAGCACUUCAGUAUAGCAAAUUGAGUCUUCAGAACAACCAACAAUAUUUCUGUUACUUACGUGGAUACUGA